ACAGCAGUAUAGACAGUGGGGAUGUGGAGGUGGGGAGGAGGGUGAGUCAGGAGAUUCCUCCUGGGAUGUUCUGGAGGUCUCUGCUUCACCUGGCCCAGCCACAGUUCCUCAAGUUCAACAUCUCCCUGGGGAAAGAUGCUCUGUUCGGGGUCUACAUCCGCAAGGGCCUGCCCCCCUCACACGCACAGUAUGACUACAUGGAGCGCUUGGACGGUAAAGAGAAGUGGAGUGUUGUGGAGUCUCCUCGAGAACGCCGCAGCAUCCAGACUGUGGUUCUAAACGAAGCAGUGUUUGUUCAGUACCUGGACCCGGGAGCAUGGCAUCUAGCCUUCUACAAUGACGGACGAGAAAGAGAGACUGUCUCCUUUAACACUGCUAUAAUGGACUCGGUACAGGAGUGUCCCCGUAAUUGUCAUGGCAACGGAGAGUGUGUGUCUGGUGUGUGUCACUGCUUCCCUGGGUUCCAUGGCAUGGACUGCUCCAAAGAGGCCUGUCCAGUGCUGUGUAGUGGUAAUGGUCAGUAUGAUAAGGGAUCCUGUAUCUGCUACAGUGGAUGGAAGGGAGCAGAGUGUGCCGUCCCCACCACCCACUGCAUUGACCCUCUCUGUAGUGGACAUGGGACCUGCACUGACGGGACCUGUGUCUGCUCCCUGGGGUACAAGGGAGACAACUGUGCCAAAGUGGACUGCCUGGACCCGACCUGUUCUAAUAACGGUGUCUGUGUGAACGGGGAGUGCCACUGUAAACCCGGCUGGGGCGGCCCACACUGUGAGCUGCAGCGGACACUGUGCCCAGACCAAUGCCAUGGCCACGGUGCAUUCAUACCAGACACUGGCCUCUGUAGCUGUGACCCCAAUUGGAUGGGACCAGACUGCUCAGUAGAAGUGUGUUCUGUGGACUGCGGGACCCACGGUGUGUGUUUGGGCGCAGCGUGUCAUUGUGAGGAGGGCUGGACGGGCACCGGGUGUGACCAGCGAGUGUGUAACCCACUGUGCAUCAAACAUGGAACCUGCAAAGACGGCAAGUGCCAGUGUCACCAGGGCUGGAAUGGAGAACACUGCACCAUCGAUGGCUGUCCUAACCUGUGUAAUGGUAAUGGUCAGUGUACCAUAGGGGAGCAGAGCUGGCACUGUGAAUGCCAGACAGGCUGGAGGGGUGCCGGAUGCAGCGUUGCCAUGGAGACCUCCUGUGCCGACAACACGGACAAUGAAGGGGAUGGUCUGACGGACUGUAUGGAUCCAGACUGUUGUAUCCAGAGCCCGUGUCAGAACAGCCCUCUGUGUCGGGGCUCCAGAGACCCCCUCCAGGUGAUCCAGCAGAGCCCCCUGUCUCUGUCCCAACCCCGGGUAGGAUCCUUCUAUGACAGGGUCAUGAUGCUGGUGGGACGGGACAGCACACACAUCAUACCUGGGGAAAACCCAUUCAAUGCCAGCUUGGCGUCUCUGAUCCGAGGUCAGGUGUUAACUACAGAUGGUACUCCCCUGGUGGGAGUCAAUGUUUCCUUUGUCAGAUAUCCACACUAUGGAUAUACUCUCACACGCCAGGACGGAACGUUUGACCUUCUAGCGAACGGCGGCGCCUCGUUGACCCUGAGGUUUGAGCGCGCUCCGUUCAUCACGCAGGACCGCACGGUGUGGUUACCAUGGAGUCGUUUCUACGUCAUGGAUACGCUGGUGAUGAAGACUGAGGAGAACACCAUCCCAGGGUGUGACCUCAGCGGCUUCCUCCGACCUGACCCUGUGGUCAUUACCUCACCUCUGUCAUCACUCUUCUCCUCUCGACCCAGGGACAAGCCCAUCAUACCUGAGACACAGGUGCUCCACGAGAUGAUAGAUGUUCCAGGGACCAGUCUGAAGCUGUGCUACCUGAGCUCCAGGACGUCUGGCUACCGCAGCCUGCUGAAGGUGACCAUGACUCCAGCCAUGGUGUCUCUGGGCCUGCUCAAAGUCCACCUGAUGGUGGCUGUGGAGGGACAUCUCUUCCAGAAGUGGUUCCACGCCUCGCCCAACCUGGCCUACACGUACAUUUGGGAUAAAACAGAUGCCUAUGGACAGAGAGUCUAUGGGCUGUCGGAAGCUGUCGUGUCAGUGGGGUAUGAGUAUGAGUCGUGUGCCAGUCUGAUCCUAUGGGAAAAGAGGACAGCAGUACUACAGGGCUUUGAACUGGACCCUUCUAAUCUGGGAGGCUGGUCUCUGGAUAAACACCAUAUCCUCAACACACGCAGCAGUAUCCUCCAUAAGGGUAGUGGUGAGAACGUGUUUGUGUCACAGCAGCCCCCUGUGAUCAGCAGUGUAAUGGGGAACGGCCGUCGACGCUCUAUCUCCUGCCCCAGCUGUAACGGCCUCGCCGACAGCAACAAGCUACUGGCGCCCGUAGCCCUGGCAAUAGGCAUCGACGGGAGCCUCUACGUGGGAGACCUGAACUUCAUACGCAGGGUCUACCCCUCGCUCAAUACCACAGGCAUACUGGAACUGAGGAACAAAGAUUUCAGACACAGUAACAACCCCACUCAUAAGUACUUCCUGGCCAUUGACCCAGUAACGGGGGCGUUGUUUAUCUCGGAUACCAAUUCGCGGCGUAUCUACCGUGUGCGCUCUCUGACGGGCGGGCGGCUUCUGUCGGACAACGCAGAGGUGGUGGCUGGGACAGGAGAGCAGUGUCUGCCCUUCGACGAGCGCUGUGGGGAUGGAGGCAAAGCUACUGAGGCGACACUGAUGAGCCCCAAAGGUAUUGCUGUGGAUCAGAAUGGUCUGCUGUAUUUUGUGGACGCCACUAUGAUCCGUAAGGUUGACCAAAACGGGAUCAUCUCCACUCUACUGGGCGCCAACGACCUGACCGCAGUACGACCACUCAGCUGUGACGCUAGCAUGGACGUCAGCCAGGUGCGUCUGGAGUGGCCUACAGACCUGGCAGUAAACCCCAUGGAUAACUCUCUGUACGUCCUGGAGAACAACGUUGUGCUGCGCAUCACUGAGAACCACCAAGUGAGCGUCAUAGCAGGGCGGCCCAUGCAUUGUCAGGUUCCAGGUGUAGACUACAGCCUGAGUAAGCUUGCCAUCCAUGCUGCGUUGGAGAGCGCGACAGCCAUCGCCCUGUCUUACACCGGAGUUCUCUACAUCGCUGAGACGGACGAGAAGAAAAUCAACCGCGUCAGACAGGUAUCCACUAAUGGCGAGAUGUCUCUGCUGGCCGGCGCCACAUCAGACUGCGACUGCAAGAAUGAUGUCAACUGCAACUGUUUCUAUGGCGACGACGGCUACGCGCCCGACUCCGGCCUCAACUCCCCGGCCUCGCUCGCCGUCUCACCCGACGGAACGCUUUUCAUCGCCGAUCUUAACAACAUACGCAUCAGAGCCGUACGAGCCAAUCGACCCGGCCCGUCAGCCUCGGGGGCAGGAUCCGGAUCGAUGAUGGGACAAUAUGAAGUUGCGUCGCCACGGGAACAGGAGCUCUAUGUGUUCAACGGUGACGGUCAACAUCUACAGACCGUGAGUCUGGUCACGGGAGAACCGCUAUAUAACUUCACCUACGGGCCGGACAGAGAGCUAGCCACGGUGGUGGACAACUGCAACAACAGUCUCAGGGUGAGAAGGGAGGGUCUGGGCCAGGGGGGGAGUUCUGGCCUCCUCAGACUGGUGUUACUGCCAGAGAACCAGGUGGUGACCCUGGGUUUGGACCCUGCUGGGGGGUUGAGGAGUGUCUCAGCCCAGGGACAGGAGGUGGCCCUACUGGGGUACUCUGGGAGUACAGGACUACUGGCCACCAAGGCUGACGAGACCGGAUGGACCAGCUUCUACCAGUAUGACAGUGAGGGUCGUCUGACCAAUGUAACCUAUCCUACUGGCAUGGUGACCAGUCUGCACCGGGAGAUGGAACGUUCCAUCAACAUUGACAUAGAGAGCUCCAGCAGAGACGAUGACGUCACCGUUAUCACCAACCUGUCCUCUGUGGAGGCCUCAUACACCGUGGUGCAAGACCAGGUGAGGAACAGCUACCAACUGUGUAACAACGGCACCCUGCGGGUGAUGUAUGCCAAUGGGAUGGGCAUCAGCUUCCACACUGAGCCCCACAUUCUGGCCGGGUCGGUCAGUCCUACAAUCGGCCGUAGGAACAUCACACUACCCACAGACAACGGACUCAACUCCAUCGAGUGGCGGCUCCGCAAGGAACAGACCAAGGGGAAGGUCACUGUUUUUGGCAGGAAGCUAAGGGCACAUGGCCGUAACCUCCUCUCCAUCGACUUUGACCGCAACACUCGGACGGAGAAGAUCUAUGACGACCACCGCAAGUUCACGCUCCGCAUCAUGUACGACUCGCAGGGCCGGCCCGCCAUGUGGUUGCCUAGCAGCAGCCUGGCAGUGGUGAACGUGUCGUAUUCGACCACGGGUCAGCUGGUGGGGCUGCAGAGGGGCAGUAUGAGCGAGAAGACAGAGUUUGACCCUCAGGGACGUAUUCUGUCACGGUCGUUCAUAGACGGCAAGGUGUGGAGCUAUAGUUAUCUGGAUAAGUCCAUGGUCCUUCUCCUACAGAGCCAGAGACAGUACAUAUUUGAGUUUGACACCUCGGGGCGCAUCACAGCCGUCACCAUGCCUAGUGUAGCCCGCCACACCAUGUUCACCCACGUCUCUAUCGGUUACAUCCGCAACACCUACAACCCUCCAGAGAGCAACGCCUCCAUCAUCCAUGACUUCACCGAAGACGGCCGCCCUAAGGCCACCCACUACCUCGGCACCGGUCGACGUGUCCUCUACAAGUAUGGCAAGCUGGCCAAGCUCGCUGAGAUCCUCUACGACAGCACCACGGUGACGUUCGGUUAUGACGAGACGGCUGGGGUUCUGAAGAUGGUGAAUUUACAGAGCGGCGGGUUCUCCUGUACGAUACGUUACCGUAAGAUGGGUCCGUUGAUUGACAAGCAGAUCUACCGGUUCAGUGAGGAGGGGAUGGUGAAUGCUAGGUUUGACUAUACGUAUCACGACAACAGCUUCCGUAUCGCUAGUAUGAAGCCAGUCAUCAGUGAGACUCCUCUGCCUGUGGACCUCUACCGCUAUGACGAGAUCUCUGGAAAGGUGGAACACUUUGGGAAGUUUGGCGUGAUCUACUAUGACAUCAACCAGAUCAUAACCACGGCUGUGAUGACCCUCAGCAAGCACUUCGACACCCACGGGCGCAUCAAGGAGGUGCAGUACGAGAUCUUCAGGUCUCUGAUGUACUGGAUGACGGUGCAGUACGACAGUAUGGGACGCGUGGUGAAGAGAGAGCUGAAGAUAGGACCAUACGCCAACACAACACAGUACCGCUAUGAGUAUGACGGUGACGGACAGCUCAGCGGGGUGAAGGUGAAUGACUGGUCCACAUGGCGCUACAGCUACGACCUGAACGGUAACCUGCACCUCCUCAACCCCGGGAACAGCGCCCGCCUCACGCCGCUCCGCUACGACCUCCGAGACCGCAUCACACGCCUGGGUGACGUUCAGUACCAUCUGGAUGAGGACGGCUUCCUGAGCCAGCGAGGCUCGGAUGUCUUCGACUACAACUCCAAGGGCCAGCUCCUCAGAGCAUAUAGCAAGCUCCCGGGAGGCUGGAGCAUCCAGUACCGCUAUGACGGACUGGGAAGGAGAGUGUCCACUAGAACCAGUCUGGGACAACACCUCCAGUUCUUCUACGCUGAUCUGAACCACCCGGCAAGAGUCACACAUAUAUUUAACCACUCCAGCUCAGACAUCGCUUCACUGUACUAUGACUUGCAGGGUCAUCUGUUUGCUAUGGAGGUGAGUAGUGGAGAGGAGUAUUACAUCGCCUCAGACAACACAGGAACACCACUGGCUGUCUUCAGCAGCAACGGACAGAUGAUCAAACAGGUACAGUAUACAGCGUACGGGGAGGUGUACCUGGACUCUAACCCAGAGUUCCAGCUGGUGGUUGGGUUCCAUGGUGGUCUCUAUGACACCCUGACCAAUCUGGUCCACUUCACCCAGAGGGACUAUGACGUCCUGGCAGGUCGCUGGACCUCUCCAGACUAUGCCAGCUGGCCCAAGAUCGGCAAGGACCCUGCACCCUUCAACCUGUAUAUGUUCAAGAACAACAACCCCCUCAGCGACGUGUUGGACAUCAAGAACUACGUCACAGACGUGAAGAGUUGGCUGGUGAUGUUUGGUUUCCAGCUCAGUAACAUCAUUCCAGGGUUCCCCCGUCACACCCUCUACUUCGUGGAGCCUCCCUAUGAGCUGCAGGCCAGCAAGGACUGUGAAAACGGACAGCUGAUAACGGGGGUGCAGCAGGCAGCGGAGCGCCACAACCAGGCCUUCAUGGCCCUGGAGGGACGGCUCCUUAACAAGGACCCCCGCGACCGCCGCGACAAGCCCGGACACUGGUUCGGCACGUCAACGCCCAUCAUCGGCCGGGGAGUGAUGCUAGCGCUGAAGGAAGGACGUGUGGUGGCGGCAGUUAGCUCCAUGGCAACCGACGACAGCCGGAAAGUGUCCUUAGUCCUCAAUGGCGCCAUCUACCUGGAUGGAACGCACUACACGCAGGCCGGACAUGACUGUCACUUCUUCGUUAAAGUCGGUUCGGCCGAUAGUGAUUUACUGGCGCUGGGGCUGACCAACGGACGCAAGGCGCUGGAGAGCGGGAUCAACGUGACUGUGAGCGGGAGGUCACGGCGCGGCGCCACAGUGGAGUUUGCGGUGCCGUCGUUAGCACUCAGCGUGCGGUAUGGGCUAGCGCUGGACGUGGUGGAUGAGGAGAGGGUGAGGCUGCUGGAACUAGCCCGGCAGAGGGCCCUGGCUGGGGCCUGGCUGAGGGAGCGGCAGAGGGCCAAGGAUGGGAAGGAGGGGAGCCGGCUGUGGACGGAGGGAGAGAAGCAGCAGCUGCUGACCGCGGGGAGGGUACAGGGGUAUGAUGGGUAUUAUGUUCUACCUGUGGAACAGUACCCAGAACUGGCUGACAGCAGCACCAACAUCCAGUUCCUGAGACAAAACGAGAUGGGCAAGAGGUAACAGCCCACCUGGACUGGGAUGGAGGACUGGCUGACUCUUUCUCUCUCACUGACUCUCCUCCCCUUCUCCUCCUCAUCCCUUUCAUCUUCUCACCCUAGUUACUAGUUCCUUCCUCUCUUCGCUCCCCCUACCUUCUCCCCCUUUCCUCUCCAACCCCGCAGAAAAUAAACCAACAAAUGGGGUUUCUCACUGAACGCUGCAGGGACUUUUGAAAAGAAGAAUAUACUAAACUUUUUUUGUUGUUACUUUUAUUGCCAAGGGCAAAACAUCUAACAUUUAGACAGAGGUUUAUUUUAUUUGUUGUUGAAAACAAACUGUGGAGAAAGGCACUCAUGAACCUUGAAAAACAAACUGUUGCUUAAUAACUAAGAUUCCCGUUUUUAAAAAAUAAAUCGAUAUUUUCACCAAUAUUUUUGGGGACUUUGAGGGCGUAAUGACAGACUCUGAACUGAUGGUGGCGCUGUGUUGUGCUGGGUGCUCUGGUAAGGGCCUGCACCUGAAAUUAACUUGUAGAUCAAAGGGACCAAUAGGGAGGCAGAGCCACCACAGGGCCCAGCGAAUCACAACACUGAUCAGAAGAGAAGAUCAGCAACAAGCACCGCAGCGUCACUUACACGGAGUAAAACUACUUGUCAUCAGUCUCAGGCCUCCCAUUCUCCACCACAAAACUGUUCUCAGCUAUUGCAGCAACAUAUCCUAGCAACCAAUACUCACACCACUGAGAUCCUUUAACUCAUAAAGACUUCAAACAAAAGAAAACGAAAACUUUAAAGACACAAAGUUGGAGGGGAAAAAAAUAUUGUGAAAAUGUAUCAGAAUGUGUCAAUAUGUGUCAGACUACCAUACUACAGUUCAGACUACUAUACUACAGUUCAGACUACUACACUACAGUUCAGACUACUACACUACAGUUCAGACUACUACACUACAGUUCAGACUACUAUACUACAGUUCAGACUACUAUACUACAGUUCAGACUACUACACUACAGUUCAGACUACUAUACUACAGUUCAGACUACUACACUACAGUUCAGACUACUAUACUACAGUUCAGACUACUACACUACAGUUCAGACUACUACAUUACAGUUCAGACUACUACACUACAGUUCAGACUACUACACUACAGUUCAGACUACUACACUACAGUUCAGACUACUAUACUAUGGUUCAGACUACUAUACUACAGUUCAGACUACUAUACUACAGUUCAGACUACUAUACUACAGUUCAGACUACUAUACUACAGUUCAGACUACUACACUACAGUUCAGACUACUACACUACAGGUCAGACUACGAUACAAUUGUUUACUUCAUUCAUUGGUUCAGACUACUAUACUAUGGUUCAGACUACUAUACUACAGUUCAGACUACUACACUACAGUUCAGACUACUAUACUACAGUUCAGACUACUACACUACAGUUCAGACUACUAUACUACAGUUCAGACUACUACACUACAGUUCAGACUACUACACUACAGUUCAGACUACUACACUACAGUUUAGACUACUACACUACAGGUCAGACUACGAUACAAUUGUUUACUUCAUUCAUUGGUUCAGACUACUACACUACAGUUCAGACUACUAUACUACAGUUCAGACUACUAUACUACAGUUCAGACUACUACACUACAGUUCAGACUACUAUACUACAGUUCAGACUACUAUACUACAGUUCAGACUACUACACUACAGUUCAGACUACUACACUACAGUUCAGACUACUAUACUACAGUUCAGACUACUACACUACAGUUCAGACUACUACACUACAGUUCAGACUACUACACUACAGUUCAGACUACUAUACUACAGUUCAGACUACUACACUACAGUUCAGACUACUAUACUACAGUUCAGACUACUACACUACAGUUCAGACUACUAUACUACAGUUCAGACUACUACACUACAGUUCAGACUACUACACUACAGUUCAGACUACUAUACUACAGUUCAGACUACUAUACUACAGUUCAGACUACUAUACUACAGUUCAGACUACUACACUACAGUUCAGACUACUAUACUACAGUUCAGACUACUACACUACAGUUCAGACUACUAUACUACAGUUCAGACUACUACACUACAGUUCAGACUACUAUACUACAGUUCAGACUACUAUACUACAGUUCAGACUACUAUACUACAGUUCAGACUACUAUACUACAGUUCAGACUACUAUACUACAGUUCAGACUACUAUACUACAGUUCAGACUACUAUACUACAGUUCAGACUACUACACUACAGUGUAGUAGUAUUAUCCCAGACUACUAUACUACAGUUCAGACUACUACACUACAGUUCAGACUACUAUACUACAGUUCAGACUACUAUACUACAGUUCAGACUACUACACUACAGUUCAGACUACUAUACUACAGUUCAGACUACUACACUACAGUUCAGACUACUAUACUACAGUUCAGACUACUAUACUACAGUUCAGACUACUAUACUACAGUUCAGACUACUAUACUACAGUUCAGACUACUAUACUACAGUUCAGACUACUACACUACAGUUCAGACUACUAUACUACAGUUCAGACUACUACACUACAGUUCAGACUACUACACUACAGUUCAGACUACUACACUACAGUUCAGACUACUACACUACAGUUCAGACUACUACACUACAGUUCAGACUACUACACUACAGUUCAGACUACUAUACUACAGUUCAGACUACUACACUACAGUUCAGACUACUAUACUACAGUUCAGACUACUAUACUACAGUUCAGACUACUACACUACAGUUCAGACUACUAUACUACAGUUCAGACUACUAUACUACAGUUCAGACUACUAUACUACAGUUCAGGGUGUUACGUAUAGUAGCGGUAGAAGCAGUAGUUGUGUAUGUUUCAGUCGCAGUAGAAUUGUGAAACUUUCACCAAGGCACUUCUGUACAGAAACAAUGUAAAAACACCUACCAUACACUUAGUCCAGAAUACAUACAGAACUAGUAUUAUCAAAAGCUAUUUAUAUUAUUUUAUUAUUUGUAUGUGUAUUUAUUAUUCGUAGUACUAAAUGACAAUCAUGAAGGGAGUCACUAGUUUAUCGAAGAGGACAUUACGUUAAUUUUAUUUUGUAAAAUAUCUAAGAAAUUUUGAAUAUGUUUUUUUUUGUAUUCAUUUAAACAUUUGCUCCCAGAGCAAAUAAUAGUCACACUCCAAAAUAAUAGUUUAUGUAAGAAAGUGUUGUUUUUUUUAAAACAAUUUCUAAUUUAAAUGAAGUCUUUAAAACUGUGAAACCUGUUUUUUGGAAAUAUAUCUGGAUGUACAGUGUAUAGACUUACCUUAAUGCAGCAGCAGCACAGUAGAAUAUUGUUCGGAAUAUCCCGUUUUACAUUUCUAUUGAGGAAGUGGCUUGUAAUGUGCUAACCUUUAGCUGGUAUUACCUACUCUAGAGUUGUGUGACUCUAAUCAUAUCUAUUAUCCCAAUAUCUACAAUAUCAAUCCCCAGUUUGUUGUUUUCCACUGUUAUUGGUUUUGUUUUGAUGCAGAGAUAUUGCUGUUCUAGAUCCCAAAAAGCGUAGAAGCGGAUUGAUUCAUGUCACUGUGAAGAGGCUCGUUCAGUACUGGAUGUCAUAAUGUACCAAAUCACUAUUAUUGAUUUAAUAAUAAUAAUAACAACAAGGAAGGAAUAACAAUGAUUCUUACACACUGAAAAGAGACUCUUCUGAGAAACUUAUCAAUAAAAAGUAAUUGUUUACUUCA